GAGUCAGGGAGGGGAGGGCCGGGAGGAGCAGACAGCAGUGGCCAGAUGGAGCCUGGUUUUGUUUUGGAGUAGCUGACUGCUGCUGAGAGCAGGACAGUCACUGCACGAGUCUGUGUGUGUGUGUGAGAGAGAGAGAGAGAGAGGGGGAAAGCAACAUCACACCCAACAACAGCACGGCAAACUACUGUCUUCCUAUGUGGACAGGACCUUUCAUGUAGUUCAGUGCUCAGUGUAGUGGAGCCUCUCUAUGCAGCUCAAGGUCGGACCAGGAAGAUCCAGCCGAAGCCUUGGGGAACUGUCCCAUCUGCAUCCUGGGACCUGCAGAUGCAGGUGGGCCUAGAUUCCCCAUCGACCCCUCUAUAUGCAGACACUAUGGAGGCAGCUGGGACUGUGAAGAGGAUGUGAGGCCUGGACUGUGACUGUCACGUCUCCUAACCCUGACUGAGUCGAGGGAAUGGGCCCAGCCUCGCUACAAGAGGAGAGAGAGACCAAAGAGGAGAUGGAGAGCUACCACUGCCUUCUGCAGGCCGGCUCCCAGCUACAGAGCACUCUGCAGCAGGUCUCCGUCCCUGUGAGCUUACAGGAGGUGGGAGGAUAUAUAGAGAAACAGGUGGCAUAUCUCUCAGGGGGCCGUGGGGAAGACUCCAGUGUCAUCAUCACUCUCCCAGAAUGCUCAGCUUUCAGUGACAUUCCAGAGGAAGCUUUAGCCAAAGUCUUCACGUACCUCACUCUCAUUCCUCGAACAAGGCAACCCGGAGUCAAAUUUAUCAUCAUUUUAGACCGAAGACUGGACACAUGGGCGUCCAUCAAAACUGCACUUGCCAGGAUAGCAGCUUCCUUCCCUGGGAACCUGCACCUGGUCCUGGUGUUGCGACCGACCAGCUUCUUCCACCGCACUGUCACUGACCUGGGCUUUCGCUUCAGCCAAGAGGACUUCAUGCUCAAAAUGCCAGUGGUGAUGCUGAGCUCUGUCACAGACCUGCUGCACUACAUCAGCGAGAACCAGCUGACGUCAGAGUUCGGAGGCACCCUGGACUAUUGUCACAGCGACUGGAUUGUUUUACGAACGGCUAUUGAAAGUUUUGCUGUAACAGUCAAAGACAUCGCACAGAUGCUUCAGGGCUUUGGCACUGAGCUGGCAGAGACAGAGCUGCCAGACAAAGGGAAAGCCAUCGAGUCUCUGCUUGAACUCCAGACAGAAAAGUAUAAGAAACUCAAGGAUGCAAUUAGGUCCGUGUCAAAGGAGGGUCGUCAUCUUCUCUCCAGCCUCGAAAGCUCUGGGAAUGAGGACGACUCCCACUGGGAUGUGAAGCUGGACUGGGAGACGGUGCAGAGUCCCAUUUUUUGUAGGCUUCUCGCGCAGCUCCGAGACAUGGAGUCGGCGUUUGACGGCUUCUUUGAGAAGCAUCAUCUGAAGCUUCACCAGUAUCUGCAGCUACUCAGAUACGAGCAAAGCUUUCAGGAGAUGGAGUUUUGUCUGGAGCACCUGACGGCUCAGGAGAGGGAACUGACUGUAUCCGUCGACACUGAGGCUCAGGCAGAACACGCUCUUAAAAAGCUGGACAGUCUGGAGUCCAAUGCACAGGAGGUGGUGUCUCGCGCUCAGAUCCUCAUCCUUCACGGACACCAGCUUUCAGCGAAUCACCACUUCGCGAUGGCCCUCAUCAUGCAGCGCUGCAACGAGCUCCGCCACCACUGUGACACGCUUACUGCUGCGCUGAAGUCCAAACACUCUCAGCUUCUGCACACACACCAGCUGCUGCUUCACCUCGGUCAGGCCCAAACAUGGUGUGAUGAUGGAGCGUAUUUGCUGGCCAAUCAGCUGGUAGAGAACGUUCAGUCUAAGGAAGUGGCCCAGGCUGCUUUAAGGGAUAUCCAGAAAUUCCUGGAGGGGGCGCCGUCGAUACUGAGCUCAGGACCGGACGUCUUGGCCAUUGAAUAUGAGGCGGUCAUCACACCUAAUCUGCAGGCCCAGAUUGGGAAAACGUUUGAGAAACACGCUGCGGUGCAGCAGAUGGUCCAGAGCCGACAGACUUGUCUGAGGAAACAGGCCGAGAAACACGUCCGACCCGUCCAGCUGGUGGCGCCCAGGUCGGAAAACCCACCGCGUGCCAAGUCCCCGCUCUUCUCCCCCAAACAUGGAGAUGGUUUGAAGUUCACAUUCGACCUCGCCUUACCGGGGAAGAGAGCGUCUCGCAAGAGCCCCAACUCUAGAAAAAUCGAGGUGAUUCACGACUACCAGGAGAGUGGAGGCUGUGUGUCCUACAGUCUGGAGGGAGAAGACAGCCCUGACCUACUGAAGCGCCAUGUAAUGAGGGAACUCAUAGACACUGAAAGAAUCUAUGUGGAAGAGCUGCUGUCAGUGCUGCUGGGUUACAGGGCUGAGAUGGACAACCCGCCUCUGUCAGGGCUCCUGACCCCAAUCCUGCGCAGUAAGAGAGAUGUGCUCUUUGGAAACAUGCCUGAGAUCUACAAUUUUCACAGCAGGGUCUUUCUCCAGGAUCUGGAAGGAUGCCUUGAGGCCCCUGAAGGUGUGGGAGCUUGUUUUCUGAAGCGGAAAGAGAGUUUUCAAAUGUAUGAAUGCUACUGUCAGAAUAAGCCCCGCUCCGAUGCACUGUGGAAACAGUUCUCUGACUGUGCCUUCUUUCAGGAAUGUCAAAAAAAGCUGGAGCACAAACUGGGCCUGGAUUCGUACCUGCUGAAACCAGUCCAACGCCUCACCAAAUACCAGCUGCUGCUUAAGGAGCUGCUCAAGUACAGUUCAGAUUGUGAAGGGACGUCUGAGCUGCAGGGGGCGCUAACAGCCAUGCUGGACCUGCUCAAAUCAGUCAAUGACUCUAUGCAUCAGAUAGCCAUCACAGGAUAUGAGGGGGACAUUUGUGAGCUGGGCCGUGUGUUAAUGCAGGGCUCCUUCAGUGUGUGGAUCAGCCAUAAGAGAGGUCCCACACGCAUGAAGGAGCUGGCCCGAUUCAAGCCGAUGCAGCGCCACCUCUUCCUGUAUGAGAGAGCGCUGCUUUUCUGCAAGCGCAGGGAGGAGCACGGAGACGGCUGUGACAAGACGCCCUCGUACAGCUUCAAGCACUGUCUCAAGAUGACGGCCGUGGGGAUCACAGAGAAUGUCAAAGGAGAUGUGAAAAAGUUUGAGAUCUGGUACAGUGGCAGGGAGGAAGUGUAUGUGGUUCAGGCUCCCACGGUGGAAGUGAAGAUGGCCUGGCUCAGUGAGCUGCGCAGGAUCCUAACAAACCAACAGAAGCUGCUUAGAGAUGAAGCAUAUCAACACGGACAAAUGGUUGAGCACAUGCAGCUUUCUCCCCCAGUCUCUGAGAGCAAGCAGCAGAGGGCGUCGGUGAGCUCAGAGGACACAGAAUCGGGAAGGAGCAGUCCAGACCCCCAGCCUCACUCCCCUAAACACCAGCGCAACCGCAGGAUGUUGUCUGUGUGUCAGGUUGGCCCGGAGCUCAUCACUCGGUAGACAACUGCGAAGGUCAGGGGGAGUGGCCUGGAGGUCAAGACGCAGAGGAGAUUUUGGUG